AUGCCGAUCAAGGUCCUCACCUAUGCCUACCGCAAACACGGCAUUUCUCUCGGAUUUCAAAGAGCUCUACGAAGCGCACGUCGAAUUUUUGAAGGGUACAGUAUCUUCGGUGACGAAUCUCCGCUUUCUCAUAAGCGCAGCUACAUUGCUCGCUAUACAAUCGAUUCUUCGACCGAAGGCGUGACGAACACACGCAAUGCCAGCACACCAGCAAGAGCGAUUGUCGGCCAACAGUCAGACUUCGAUUUUGACGCCUAUGCCGAGCUUAUGUCCGAGGACCAAAUUGCUUAUGACGCCUUCCUGGCUAAGGUCUUUUUCCCCGAAGCUGCGGCUGAGAUUGCCGCGGACGAAGAGAAGUCCCAUGGUAAGUCGAAGCUCGCCAUUGUGACAUCAGGGGAUGUGUUUGCGACAACAAAGUGA